UUCCUCCACCCUCUCUGCAGAAUCAACAGCCACCGCAGUACAACGACUCUGCCGCUGCUCAACCGGCCGUCUCGGAUGAGAUCCGCAGCCUCUGGGUUGGGGAUCUGCAGGGCUGGAUGGAUGAGGAUUACCUCACCAGAUGCUUUUACGCUACUGGGGAGGUAUGCGAUCUACACACAACUGCGCGGUUCCUCUCUUUUUGAUUGGUCAUUUACUAGUUUUUUUGUGUUGUUGUUCCCACAAACAGAUUAGGUUUGAGUGUAUAUGUAAUUGGGAAAUAUUAUGAUUUUAGGAUUUGUCUAUAGCGCAUGCUCGUGACUGUUGACGAAUGAAGCUUAUAAUACAUUUUUAUUGGCUGGAAACCGAAAAUCAUUCUAAACCUUUUGGUUGGAUAUGUUGUUAGUUCAUUCCCUAAUUGCAGGUUACCUCUGUUAAAGUUAUCCGUAACAAGCUAACUUCACGACACGAGGGGUAUGGCUUUAUUGAAUUUACCAGUCAAGCAGCUGCUGAAAAGAAUCUUCAUGCUUUUAAUGGCACCCCAAUGCCCAAUGCUCAGCAGAACUUCAAACUUAACUGGGCUUCUCCAGGUUCAGGAGAAAAGCGUUUUGAUAAUUCUCCCGAGCACACUAUUUUUGUUGGAGAUUUGGCUGCUGAUGUCACAGAUUACGUGCUUCAAGAGACAUUCAAAGUCAACUACCCUUCAGUGAAGAGUGCAAAGGUUGUUACAGAUAGGGCCACUGGAUGCACCAAAGGCUAUGGGUUUGUGAAAUUUGGCGAUCAAAGUGAGCAGCAGCGUGCUAUGAUUGAGAUGAAUGGAAUGUAUUGCUCAAGCAGACCAAUGCGGAUUGGGGUAGCUGCUAAUAAAAAGAAUCUGGGCACCCAGCCACAAGGUACUUGUCAAAAUGGCCAAGAGACUCAAAGUGAUGAUGACUUGACUAACACAACUUUAUUUGUCGGGAAUUUGGACACCAAUGUUACAGAUGAUGCUCUUAGGCAGGUAUUUUCAAACUACGGGCAGGUGCUUAACGUAAAAAUACCGGCAGGCAAGCGUUGUGGUUUUGUUCAAUUUGCUGACAGGAAUAGCGCCGAGGAAGCCCUGCAGAACUUAAAUGGAACCCAGUUGGGAGGACAGAGCAUUCGUCUUUCAUGGGGCCGUAGUCCUUCAAGCAGACAGCCGCAGGCUGAACAGAACCAAUGGAACAGUGGAUACUCUGGAUACACUCCUGGAUAUGAAUCCUAUGGGUACCCCCAUGGUGGUGGUGCUGCUACCCAGGAUCCAAAUAUGUACUAUGGAGGAGGGUAUGGUAAUUAUCCACCACCCCCACAGCACCAGCAGCAGCCUCAGGGAUACACAGGGUGAGGCCACUGGUUUUUUCCCCUUCUGAGUUAGAGAAUGUAAUAUAAUAGCUAAGGCCACUACUUUCCUCCUUUUGGGCUUAGUGGUGCAUGUCUCUGAACAAUUCUUUGUUGUGGGGACUGAUGUGCCCUUUCAGUAGCUUUUUAAAAUGCAUUCCUGCCUCCCACCAUUAUCUUCUACUAUCUUGGAUUUACUUUUUUGAUGAUUUUUUUUUUCAUACAAGAAAAACAGGCAUGUUAUUGAAGGGAAGCCUUCAUUCUCUUUUGGAUGACCAACAUCUUGUCUAGUUGUGUUUUGUCAUCUCCCCAAAUGUUUGGUUGGUUU